CAUUCGGGAACGUUAUAACGUAGAGAUACUGGGUGAGUAUCUUUUUUGCUCGAGUUCACACAGGGAAAAAUAUACUGGGAAGGCGCGGAAAAUUUGCAUCCACUGUUCGUAGCAAGCUAUCGAUUUAGUUAUAGGAGACGCUCAGCAACGCUGGUUUUUAAGGGAACUAAUCGUCGAGGAUACGUUAGCUUAACAAAGCUUUAGAUAGAAUAGUGGUCAAACAGGGCACUUGUCUGCCAUAUGCCUGCUUACACCCACUAGCGCAACAUUCUUUAUUAUAUGCAAUUUUUGGGACCUUUCGAAACUACAAUAAUGCCACGUCGCUUCAGGCCCCGCCGGCAAUUUCUGACGACUUUCUCGAAAACCAAGCAGUAAGCUCACCGAAAAGUAAAGUGAACUCACUGGUUAAUUCAAACAAACUUAUACUUCAUCUGUCAUAUUUACAACAGCACUGUUAUUAACCCCAACGAGACGGUGCAAAAAUAAGUUGGACAUGAGUUACGCUAAACGAGACGAAGACAGUGACGUCGGUCUCCUGUAUCAUAUCGAUAAGACAACGGUCUUACAGGAUGCUCGUGCCUUUAACGACUCGCCUAUCAACGCGCGGAAAUGUCGAGUGCUAUUGACAAAGAUCAUUUAUCUUCUUUAUCUCGGUGAACCUUUCAACGUCCAGGAAGCAACAGACCUGUUUUUUAAUGUCAUAAAACUCUUUCAAUCCAAAGACACUUCUUUACGACAAAUGAUGUAUCUAGUAAUCAAAGGGCUCUCGGGAGUGGCAGAAGAUGUCAUUAUGGUCACACAGUCUUUAAUCAAGGAUAUCCAAUCCAAGCAAGAGACCAUUUACCGUGCUAACGCCGUCCGUGCCCUGUGUUUGAUUACCGAUCCAUCAAUGAUUCAGGGAAUCGAGCGUAUCAUGAAGGCUUCCAUUUUGGAUAAAACGCCAUCUGUAUCGUCAGCCGCCCUCGUAUCCUCGUAUCACAUUUUCAAUGUAGCCAAGGAUAUCGUGCGUAGAUGGUCUAAUGAGGUUCAGGAGGCCGCGAAUGCAAAAGCAUCAGGUUCGGGCUUUGCUUCAGCUGCUUCUAGCUAUAUGUCCAGCUUUGGUCAAUCACAAAACAAUCCUCAAACCGUUGUUUCGGCAAGCAAUUGCAAUCAGUACCAUGCACUUGGCUUAUUGUACCUCAUCCGACAACACGAUCGCAUGGCCGUCGCUAAACUCGUCCAAACGUUCUCGGGCUCAUCCCGUGGUGGCGGAUUAUUUAGCGGUGGCGGUGGCGGUAGCCCUCUCCAAAAUCCAGCCGCUAUUUGUUUACUUAUUCGCUACGCAUGCAAAGUGAUGGAGGAAGACCCAGGAUCGACGCACCGCAUCUACGAAUUAAUGGAAGGAUUUCUCAAACAUAAGGACUAUAUGGUUAACCUCGAAGCUGCCCGUGCUAUUUGUGCAAUGCCUGAUGCCUCUUCCAAAGAGCUUUAUCCCGCAAUUUCUGUAUUGCAACUCUUCCUUUCGUCACCAAAACCUACAUUACGAUUUGCCGCUAUCCGUACUCUGAGCAACCUUUCUUUGACCAAACCAGCUGCUGUAUCUCCAUGCAACCUUGAUAUGGAGAACCUAAUCACAGAUCAAAAUCGCAGUAUUGCAACCUUUGCUAUCACGACCUUGCUCAAAACCGGUAACGAGGCCUCGGUGGAUCGCCUAAUGAAGCAGAUCAGCGGUUUCAUGAGCGAGAUCUCGGACGAGUUUAAGGUUAUCGUGGUCGAUGCAAUCCGUUCCUUAUGUCUGAAAUUUCCAAACAAACAAGCUGUCAUGCUCUCUUUCUUGAGUGGUGUACUACGCGAUGAAGGAGGAUACGACUUUAAAAAGACAGUUGUGGAGGCGAUUUUUGACAUGGUCAAGUUUAUUUCGGACUGCAAGGAUACAGCACUCUCCCAUCUUUGUGAAUUUAUUGAGGAUUGCGAAUUCACCAAACUGUCGGUUCGUGUACUUUAUCUUCUUGGUGUCGAGGGACCAAAGACAGCUACGCCGACAAAGUAUAUCCGUCACAUUUACAACCGCGUCAUUCUAGAAAACUCUAUUGUUCGUGCUGCAGCUGUAAAUGCGCUUACCAAAUUUGGACUUUAUGUGGAGGAUCAAUCUGUCAGAAAGUCUAUUUAUGUGUUGUUGACAAGAUGCUUAGAUGAUACUGACGACGAGGUCCGAGAUCGUGCUGCUCUUGCUUUGGCGCUUAUGGAUAAUGAGAGUCUUUCGAAACAAUACAUCCGAGAUGAUGCUACAUUUGCCCUUCCCACUUUGGAACGUCAGCUUGCGGAAUACAUCAACAGCCCACUGGCCAAUGAUCAAGAAUUUGAUUUGGAGUCGGUCCCUGUUAUAAGCAAAGCUCAAGAGGAUGAGGAGAGACGAAAAAUUCAAACGCAGGAAACCACACCUAUUCCAAUGGCCAAGACUCCAUCAUCGCAAGCCCUCGGAUCCCCCGCUGUCGGAGCGCCAUCUACGCCUGGUGCAGCUGCUACCCCAUCCAAAGUAUCCAGCUUGGACCAACAAGCAGUUUAUGCUGAACAACUUGCUGCAUAUACCGAAUUCUCCACAUUUGGCACUUUGUUUAAGAGCUCAAGCAAACCUGCUGAGCUGACUGAGAGUGAAACCGAAUAUGUUGUCCAUUGCAUCAAGCAUACGUUUGCCAGACAUUUGGUUUUCCAGUUCAAUUGUACCAACACUUUAAGCGACCAGUUACUGGAAAAUAUUGACAUGAUCAUGCAGCCCGAGAUUGAUGACUGCGGCUUGACUAAGGUGGCAGAAAUACCAGCGGCUAGGCUUGAAUAUAACGUGCCCGGCGUGAUUUAUAUUGCGUACGAGCGAGAAGACGAUGGCGACUUCCCAAUUGUGAGCUUCACAAACACACUCAAAUUUGAUGUCAAGGAUUGCGAUCCUACCACAGGUGAACCGGACCCUGAAGGAUAUGAGGAUGAAUAUCAAGUCGAGGAUAUUGAAGUGACAACGAGGGAUUACAUCCGCCCUACAUAUAUUUCCAACUUCUCAGAAGAGUGGGAGCCUCUCGCAGAAAACGAGGCUGUAGAGCGAUUCGAGCUGGACAAGGACAAGGCACCAAGUCUUAAAGCGGCAUGCUCAUUGAUCAUCGGUCUUCUCGGUAUGCAAGCAUUGGAAGACAGUGCCCUGCCUAAGAGUAAUGCUACUCAUAUUCUCUUGCUUGCAGGCACUUUUGUUGGCGGAAGCAAAGUCUUGGUGCGGUGCCGAAUGACUUUCAGUAAUGCUGCAGGCGUAGCAUUUGAACUGGCAGUACGGGGUGAAGAUUUGGAUGUAUCCCAGAUCGUUCUUUCCGCUGUUGCUUAGUAUAUAUGCCAUGCACUACUCCGUAAUAUAUAAAACAUA